UCAUGCUGCUGCCAGGUCCAGAGUCUGUCAUGGGUCCCUGUACGGCCUCCCAUUGCUGCUGUCUCCAUCGCCACACUCUGCCAUGUGCCACUUUCAGGUCUCCUCACACUGCUGGUGUGUUCAAUUUUUUGACAUAGGGUGCUGGCAGAUUACGGGCCUCCCAUAGCUGCUGCCAGGCCCCUAAUCUGCCAUGGGCCCCUAUAUACCGCCUCCUCAUGCUGCUGCCAGGUCCAGAGUCUGUCAUGGGUCCCUGUACGGCCUCCCAUUGCUGCUGUCUCCAUCGCCACACUCUGCCAUGUGCCACAUUCAGGUCUCUUCACACUGCUGGUGUGUUGAAUUUUUU